AUAGCGUUCGGAGGAACAAACAAUCUGGACCCUUCUUUGGCUAUCCCCUUUUCGGCUACUUUAACUUCAAACUUUCCCUGGGAGUUUUGCCAUUUGUCUCUGUGAAGAGAGUCUGGGUUUCGGAAGGUUUUUCGAAGUGAUCGAUUGAGGAGUCGGGAAGAUCGUAUCUGGUGUUGUUGCUUGUAGGAGAGUAGUUUGUUUGAGAUGGCGAGUAAUGGCAGCUUCGGUGACUACACGGCCACGAACUUGGACCGGGAAGAGUACUGGCCCUCCCAAAAGCUGAGAAUUUCUAUCACGGGAGCUGGUGGGUUUAUUGCCUCGCACAUCGCGCGUCGAUUGAAGAGCGAGGGGCACUACAUAAUCGCCUCCGACUGGAAGAAGAAUGAGCACAUGAGUGAGGAUAUGUUCUGCGACGAGUUUCACCUCGUGGAUCUGCGUGUCAUGGACAAUUGCAUGAAGGUCACUAAGGGCGCUCAUCAUGUGUUCAACUUGGCUGCCGACAUGGGUGGUAUGGGCUUCAUCCAGUCUAACCACGCCGUCAUUAUGUACAACAACACCAUGAUCAGUUUCAACAUGCUCGAAGCCGCUCGCAUCAACGGUGUUACCCGGUUUUUCUAUGCCUCAAGCGCGUGCAUUUACCCUGAAUUCAAGCAACUCGAAACUGAUGUGAGCAGUUUGAAGGAGUCUGAUGCGUGGCCCGCUCUGCCCCAAGAUGCUUACGGUCUUGAAAAGUUGGCCACCGAGGAGUUGUGCAAACAUUACACGAAGGACUUUGGCAUGGAGUGCCGCAUUGGUCGCUUUCACAACAUUUAUGGCCCAUACGGAACCUGGAAGGGUGGGCGUGAGAAGGCACCCGCCGCCUUCUGCAGAAAGGCCUUGACAGCCACCGAGCAUUUCGAGAUGUGGGGCGAUGGCAAGCAAACUCGCUCCUUCACCUUCAUCGACGAGUGUGUAGAGGGCGUCUUGCGCUUGACGAAGUCCGACUUCCAAGAGCCUGUAAAUAUCGGUAGCGAUGAGAUGGUGAGCAUGAACGAGAUGGCCGAGAUUGUGCUCAGCUUCGACAACAAGCAGCUCCCGAUCAAGCACAUUCCCGGACCCGAGGGAGUGCGGGGACGAAACUCUGAUAACACUCUGAUCAAGGAGAAGCUCGGCUGGGCUCCAUCCAUGCGACUCAGGGACGGACUCGCCAUCACCUACAAGUGGAUCAAGGAGCAGAUUGAGAAGGAGAAGGAGUCCGGUGCAGACCUUGCAUCCAAGUAUGGAUCUUCCAAGGUGGUCGGUACCCAAGCUCCAGUGCAGCUGGGCUCUUUGAGAGCUGCUGAUGGCAAGGAGUAAACCAACUCAACUCAAUUCCACAGGCUGGUUUAAAACAAUCUGCAUGAUGUGACUGUGAUUGUUGGGUUUUUUCUCCGUGUGAAUUAGUUGUGUCGGUCGGUUGAGGUCGACUGUGAGACUCCACAGAAUGAGGUCGCUUUGACUGUCUGAGUGUUUGCCGCAAGAUGCCACCGGGUUUGACUAUCCCUUGUUCAAUUUUCCCCCUCACUCCCCCGCUCCCCUUGUGGUUUAUAACCGAGCUGGAAGACCAGUGAAGCUUGGCUCCAGCCUAGAUCAGUUAGAGUGUUUCAAUGCAAGACAUUCUUUCAAUAAUAAACAAAAAGAAUAAAAGAACCUGAUUGCAGGCGUCCAUGUGACACUCACCUUUGAUUAAA